AUGGUCUGGGUGGUCAGAACGCAAUACACGACGCAUUGUCGAAUCGACAAUGGCAAAGACAAGUACGGCGACGAUUGGGAAGAGUCAUUCAGCAGCCGAAUCGAGGAGGCUGACGAUAUCACUGCUACCGAUAUGAUGCAGCAUAAAGACGAUGAGUUGGAAGGUUUUGUUGACUAUGACAUUCGCGACAUGGGCAAGGGACUGCUCAGGCAUCCCAAGGAGAAGCCACUGCCGGGUCCAGGUCAGCUGCUGGUCCUACUACUCGGAAACAUGGCCUCCGGUUUCCCCAACUUGAUGACGCCUACUUCAGGUCAGCUCACGGGCACUAUGGGAUCAAUGUACCUGACCGCGCCGCCGUCAACUUAUCCAAGGUUCCCAGUUACUUCUGGUCGUAUCGGUCCCCCAAGCACCCAGAAGCGCGGCGUGACGUCCGCUACCGUGAUGCCACCACCUCUCGCCUCUCUACACCAAGCACUCCAACCAAAGAGCGCUAUAAGCCCUUUCAAACAUUUCAACUGUCUAGCCCUACCCCUCAAGACGAUGAAUCCUUCAGUAGCAAGCUGA